AUGACUAUAAUUUACUCGUUUAGAUGGGUCAACAAAAAUUCUGGUCUCGUGUACAGAGUUACUGAAGUUCGAACGGUGGGCGACCAAUACAGCCUAAUUAAUUUUCACAAAAUGAACAACAUUCCUAACAAAAAUGGCUAUUUCCUUGACUUAGUUUUUUCCAGUGAUAUUUCUGCCAAAGUAGAACAGUCUUUAGAAACUCUUAUCGUUUGCGACUCAUAUAAUCCAGCGCUAUCCGCCUAUUGCGCAUUUCCUCCUUUUUCACCUAUACUUGAUACCCGACAUUCGUUUCACGAUUUCGGUAGACCUGAUUACCCUAGUAUUCUUGCUGAUCUAAGAUCAACAAUUUGGGUUAGAAAAUUGGCAUCUCCAUCAGCUGAUAAAUCAGCAGUACUACUGCAGAACAAACUUUUAGAAAUUAUCACCGGAUUUGUGCCUUUACGCAUAUUCAUUCGCCCCCCCCCGGUUUUUCACAUAAAAGACCUUCUUACAAUGAAAAAACAAGCACAUCAAAAAUAUAAAACUUUAUGUGGCGCCAAAUAUUAA